AUGCAGCCAUUGGAAUCAGUGACGUUUGAAGAUGUAGCUGUAGACUUCACCCAGGAAGAAUGGGCCCUGCUGGACACAUCCCAGAGAAAACUGUUCAGAGACGUGAUGCUGGAAAAUAUCAGUCAUCUGGUCUUCGUGGGGUAUCAGCAUUGCAAAUUGGAUGUGAUUUUCCAGCUGGAGCAAGGUGAAGAGCUGUGGAUUGAAGGAAGAGGAUUUUUCCAAAGCCACAGUCCAGGCAGGGAAAGUGCCUUUAAAGAAGAAUUGUUAGCCACACAGCAUAUCAGCAAGAAGGACACAUCUACAAUCAUCCCAAAGCAGACAUUUCACACUCCAGAGGAUCCCUGUGAAUGUAAUGAUUUGGGAGAAGAUUUCAGUCCUAGCUCCACACUGAGUCAACAUUUGUUAACUCACACAGAAAAGACACCCAAUAUCAGCAAACAGUAUCAAAAAUCCCAUAGUGACCAGUCAUACCUUAAUCCAUAUAAGCAGAUCCACACCAGAGGUAAAUCAUGCGAAUGCCAUCUGUGUGGCAAAGCCUUCAGCAAUUGCUCUAGCCUUAGAAGACAUGAGAUGACCCAUACUGGCGAGAAACCUUAUGAAUGCCAUAUCUGUGGGAAUGCCUUUAUUCAAAGCUCUGACCUUAGAAAACACAAUCUGACUCACACUGGAGAGAAGCCGUAUGAAUGUCAUCUCUGUGGAAAAGCCUUUAGUCAAUCCUCCAACCUCAGACAGCAUGAGAGGACGCACACUGGAGAGCAACCAUAUGAAUGCCAACUCUGUGGGAAAACUUUCAGUAAAUGUUCUGCUCUUAGACGUCACGAGAGAACUCACACUGGAGAGAAGCCGUAUGAAUGUCAUCUCUGUGGAAAAGCCUUCAGUCAACUCAGAGGACAGAAGAUAAUUCACACUGGAGAGAAACCAUUCAAAUGUCAACACUGUGGGAAAGUUUUCAAUCAAAGAUUCUCCUUGAAAGAGCAUGAGAGAACUCAUACAGGAGAGAAGCCCUAUGAAUGUCCUCUAUGUGGGAGAGCCUUUAAUAAUUACUCUAGCAUCAGCAGACACAAGAAGAUUCACACUGGGGAUAAACCAUUCAAAUGUCAACUCUGUGGGAAAGUCUUCAAUCAAAGUUGUUCCUUGAAAGAUCAUAAGAGAACUCAUACAGGAGAGAAGCCCUAUAAAUGUCCUCUAUGUGGAAAUGCCUUUAUCUUCAAUCGAAAUUCCUCCUUGAAAGAACAUGAGAGAACUCACACAGGAGAGAAGCCCUAUGAAGAGCAGCCCUAUGAAUGUCAGCUCUGUGGAGAACACUUUGCUCCUGCUUUUUCCCUUAGACAACACAAGGGAACCCAGCACAGGAGAGAAAAGCAGAAGGGCCCUCCAUAG